AUGAACAUUUUCAGAAGCUUGAUAGGAAAAGUCUGGCACGAUCCCAACGCAGCCGAGGUUGUCAAAAUAUCAGAAGGACAGCUGUAUCUUGUGCGCUCUGGAACCAUUCGAGGUGCUCGAGAAUGCAUCUACAACGACGCCAUGGCUACUAUCCGGCGUGUGCCGUCAAUCGAGCACCAUUUCCAGCUCGUAAUAACACGCGUCUUCGAGGACGGAGACCAGGAGCUUCUCGAAGAUGAGGAAGAGACUGACGAGGAGCGCGUCUUCCUUAUCGGCGAGGAACUUGAAUUCCGGAGCGCAGUAGGCGAAGAUGGCCCGAGUUUCAUGUGGCGCGACCUGGAAGGGGACGUGGACGAAUUCUACGAAUUUGUCGCCUCUGGGACUAAUGAACCCACGCGCGCCUUCUUUGAGACAUGUAUGUAUAGGGCGAUGUACGAGCGCAAGUACAAGAAGAGCGCAGACGAUAUCCCCGACUCUGAUUUGCAAGAAUUCAUCUGGCAACCACCUGCUCAGAAACCCAAAUCCAAGACGUCUUCCAGGAAGAAAACGGCGUCUACAUCCAAGGAGGCGCAGACUCCACAGGUGGAGAAACCCGCCGUUGAAGAUGCUCCUUCCCCUGAGCCUACAACACAGGCCGUCGCCUCUGAUGAUAGUGAUAUGCCUACACUCUUUGCUGCGCCAGCUGAGCUAUAUCUAUGGAGCCGCGACGAGGGCUAUUUCGAGAAACAGCGCGAUGUGACAGCAAAGCUUAUGCAGAAUCCCGCAGCUGGGUCUUAUGAAUUCUGGUUACUCGCGACCACACCCGAGGGCCAAGUCCUCGCGCACAAGAUUUCUUCUGACAUGAAUCACCGAUGGGCCGCGAAAGUAGCAUCCUUUACCUGGAAUUAUGUCAGCGACAACGGAUUUCAGAGUAGCUGGUGUCUCAGAUUCAGCACGUCUGAUGCCUACGAAAAAUUCCUGAGAUUAUUCACGCAAGCCUUAUGGGAGAGCCUGAAUCAAUACCCCUGGAGUAAAGCCAAGGCUGAUGAGCAAGCGUAUGUAAUGAGUUCAAAUGUGGAAGACGUCGAAAUGCAGGAUGUCGAGAACGACUCGGAUGAGGAGGAUGACAUUGAGAAUGACCUUGACAAGAGCGAGGAUGAAGAAGAGCCAGAGCCAGAGCACGAACUUGAGGAGGACGAAAUGCCUCCACCGCUGGCCAAGGGCGAGCGCAACUCGCAGCUGACUGUCGGCUAUAAGGGCGAUCGAUCAUACGUUAUUCGGGGCAACAAAAUCGGCGUCUUCAGGCACACUGGCGACAACGAGGUUAAGUACCAUGCCAGUAUCAGUAAUAUCGCAACACCCAAAGGCAAGGAGUUCAACCCGAAACAUGUCAUGCUGCACGAGCAAGAUAGCAAGAUGAUUUUGAUGAACCCUAAGGAACCUCACUCUUUGUUCAGUAUGGACAUUGAACGGGGCAAGAUUGUGGAGGAGUGGAAAGUGCAUGAGAACAUCAAUGUGGAUCACAUUGCACCCGACAACAAGUUCGCACAGACAACAGCGCAGCAGACCCUCAUUGGUGCGUCACACAACGCGCUCUUCCGCAUCGACCCUCGUAUGUCCGGGUCCAAGAUGGUGGACAGUCAGUUCAAGCAGUACGUCAGCAAGAACCAGUUCUCCGGCGUCGCCACGACAGAGUCAGGAAAGCUGGCAGUGGCGAGCGAGAAGGGUGACAUUAGGCUGUUCGACUCGAUCGGCAAAAACGCGAAGACAGCGCUGCCCCCGCUCGGCGAUCCUAUCAUCGGCAUCGACGUCACUGCCAACGGACGCUGGAUCGUGGCCACGACGAGGACGUACUUGCUGCUCAUCGACACGCUCAUUGGUGAAGGGCGAUAUACGGGCAGUCUUGGCUUCGACCGGAGCUUUCCCGCGACCGCGAAACCAAUCCCCCGUCGCUUGCAGCUUCGGGCGGAACAUGUCGCGUACAUGGAGAACAGCGUAUCAUUCACGCCUGCCAGGUUCAACAUGGGCGAGGGGCAGGAAGAGAACGCCAUCGUUACGUCCACAGGACAGUUCGUCGUUGCUUGGGACUUUGCAAAGGUGAAGAAGGGGCUUCUAGACAAGUACGAAAUCAAGAAAUACGAAGACUUUGUGGUACAAGACAACUUCAAAUUCGGAGACGAUAAGGAGAUUAUCGUUGCGUUGCAAAACAAUGUCCUUGCGGUGAACAAGAAGAACCUGAAGAGGCCGACGAGAGCAUCAAUUGCAUCACCGCAGCGUAACAUCCGCAACCGUUCCAACAUUGUCAACGCGCCGUACUAA